GGAAGUGCUGAGCUUCACAAAACUUGUCCUAACGGAAAUGAUUGCAUUUGUUGUGAAAUAACUGUUUAUGCGUGUGUUAGCAGUUCUCAUCGGUUCUUCCAUGCGCAUUAGCAACGUUUAUUGCACGUGUUAUAGACGAUAUGAUAUUCGCAUUUACAAUAAGAUAAUAAUGACAUUGUAAAACCUCAAGGAAUAUGGAUACAUCAAGUCGAAAUCUUGUGUCCAAAUGGUCAGCCAAGCCUGGCUCUGGGGUCUCAUUGACAGGCGGUAGCAGCAGUUUGCAGUCCCCACUGUUGUCAUCACUACAGCAGAAAACAUCCACUUCAGACUAUGGCAAUCUGGGAAAGCAUAAGAGCUCCACAAGGAAGACAAUUGUUAGUGAAAAGAAGAAAAAUAAGCUGCAAGAUAGUCGCUUAACGACAACAUCAUCUUUACUGUCAAGUAGUCUGGGAGGUAGUUCUCUCCUCAGAUCCAACCUUCAGAGUAAUCUGGUCGGGUCAAGUCUGUCAGGGAAGACUUCACUCCAUUCUGCCUCCAAUCUUAGCAGCCAAUCAACUCGGACAUCGUUAUUGACAAGUGGAUCGUCGAAAGCGGAGAUUCAACCACAGCUACUGUUGUCAAAGACACUGAUUGGAAAAUCCUCUUUGACUGGUUCUUUAUCAAUAGGGUUUUCAUUACCACAUGGAUCUGUUGUUCCUGGUACAUCAAGCUCACUAUGUCGACAGUCUUCUGCUGAAAAGUCAUCACUGCUUGACACGUCAAGUUUCUCCCCAAAGAUGGUUUCAGUUGCUACCGAGCUGUCACCGAAGAAGAAACCAGAAAAAAGGACCCAUAACCAAGCAUCUGAGAAAACAGGGAAAUCAAGGAAGGCAAAAUCUAAAGGGAUUAUAUCUGAGGAGCAGAUGCAGAUGCUAGCCAUGAAACGGUACAAAAUAGAGACCCCAGAGUACGACCUCACCAAGGUGCUCAAGGUUCCCAUGGACACUGAGGUUUCUGAUGAUUUUCUGGAUGUAGACAGAGAUCCGUUACUGAACAGAAUUCAGAUGCCCCUCCAUGAUGUCAAUGGAAUGAAGCUUGCCUUCAUCAAUGCAGUGAGUGGGUCCCUGAUUUGUCAGCCAAAUUUCAGAAAUUCCAAAGACUUAACCAGAAUUUCCUUGAGCAAUAUGGCUGAUAGAGUUGUGCCCUUUGACCCAGAGUUCAUCCUCAAGGUGGCAUUGUACACUAGAAAGGAGCUCAACAUCCGCACCACUGCUAACUUCCUUCUGGCAAUGGCUGCAAAUGUUCAUCCCUGUCGGCCUUUCCUCAAGAAGUACUACGUCAAGUCUAUUGCCCUGCCUUCUGACUGGAUAGAGGUAGCAGAGAUCUACCAGGCCUUUCAUGACAAGACUAUCAGACAAGGUGCUAUACCGGCAGCUCUCAGGAAAGUCAUGAUCACCAAGUUCCCCAAUUUUGACAAGUACCAACUAGCAAAAUACAACAAAGACAGUUCUAAGAAAAAGAAGAAAAAGAAGACAAAAGAGGCGAAACAGAGUAAGAAGAAGAAAUCUCUGUUUGAUUCCGACUCCUCGGAUUCCUCCGACUCUGACUCUGAGGACGAACUGUUAAAAAGACAGAUCAGUAACAUAGUUUAUGAUGAGAAGGAAAGUGAAGCAGAACUUUCCCAGGCCAAAUUUUCAUUGAAGCAACUUAUCCGGAAACUUCACAUCACCGAACCAGUUGAACAUGUUAUGUGUCUGAUUGGAAAAAGGUACCCAGACAAUAUGGAAACUUUCUAUCAGAGUCGUCUGCCCGGAACAUUUGAAGAGGAAAGGGCAGGAAAGAGGAUGAAGCUUCCGAUCCCCGAAACGUGGGAGACUCAGGUGUCACUGAAGGGCAAUAAAGCUAAGACAUGGGAGGACCUUAUAGACCAUAAUAAGCUCCCCUUUAUGGCCAUGCUGAGGAACCUGCGGAACGUGAUCAAGGCUGGGAUAUCUGAAAAACACCACACAAACAUCCUUCACAGAUUGACUAACGAGAAACAAGUUGUGAACAGCAAGCAGUUUCCAUUCAGGUUCUUUUCUGCCUAUGAAGUUCUAGGAAAUUUAGAAAAGGACUAUGAGAAAAGUCAAUCUGAUAUAGUGGAGGCGGCAGAGGCUGCAACCAAUCAACUAGACCCUUCUGAAACACAAGGACGUGGAAGGGGUAGCGGUCGUGGGACCAGAGGUAGCAGUCGUGGGGCCAGAGGUAGUGGUCGUGGGGCCAAGAAGACCAACCCUGAAAUGUGGUGGCUGGAUAAGAAAAAAAAUAAAAACAAUGCACCACAGGAAACGCAAUUUGACAAGCAACUGAUUGCAAGGUACAAGAAAGCCCUUGAUAAAUCAGUGAAGAUCGCCACAACCUACAAUGUUCAGCCAAUUAGGGGACGAACUAUUGUCCUGUGUGACAUUGGACCCAGCAUGGAGGUCAAUUGUACUGCAGCCAGGGGAUUGGGCAAACCUAGACAGAUGAAGGAGGUUGCAGUCCUGCUCGGCUUGAUGUGCAAAUAUUCGUGUGAGGAGUGUGAUCUGGUAGCUUUUACACCCAACACUUAUUUCAACGUCCAGCUCAAGUCGGGCACCAUUCUGGAGAACAUGGAUGUAGUCCUCGACCCAUCGACUCUGCUAAAUGCUGAGGUGAAGAAUUCGGAGUCUCUGCCUUUCAUGUUGCCACACAAGAUAUUGUCCGAUGCUCUGAGGGACAGAAUUCAGGUUGACAACUUGAUCUUCCUGAGCGGUGGGGAUAAUGUACCUACCCAGCAGCAAUAUCUCUCAACAUUUUUGAAGAAAUACAGAGAAAUUGUAAACCCCAACCUGCUGUAUGUCAACAUUUCAUUUGCCGGCAGAAAUUGUGGGUUCUCAGAAAGUAUCACUCCCGAGCACGACAAUGACAUUUACAUAUCUGGUUACAGCGACCAGAUACUCAGGUUUAUAGCAGAGAGAGGUGAAGGAGGACAGCUGAGACAUGUAGAGAAGAUAGACGAAGCAUUUGACCUUCGACCCAUGCCAACCACAUCAGCAGACAGGGGAAACAAACCCAAAUUGGUCAAUCCUGCCAAACCACUGGCCGUGGUCUCUAACUCCCCGAGCUGGAAAACCAUCCGAGUGUUCAUCUCCUCAACAUUCCGCGACAUGCAUGGCGAGAGAGACAUUCUCACCAGGAACAUAUUCCCAGAGUUACGUGCCCUUGCCAAGAAACACUUCAUUAAUGUAUAUGAAGUGGAUCUCCGAUGGGGAGUGACGGAGAAAGACACAAAGACAAACAGGACCAUGGAGCUGUGUCUCUCCGAGGUAAAACAGUGUAACCUGUUCCUUGGAAUCCUGGGAGAGCGUUACGGCUGGAUACCGGAGAAGUAUGUCGUCCCAGAUACAGCCGAGUAUGACUGGGUCAGAGACAGCAAACCUGGGCUGUCUGUCACAGAGAUGGAAAUGUACGCCGGAGCCCUGAGUCAGCCACAGGAGGCUCAACAGUCCGCCUUCUUCUUUCUCAGGGACAGCCAGUUUGAAACGGACAUUCCUGCAGAAUUCACAUCUGACUUUGUUGCUGAGAACGCUGAGUGUAAAAACAAAAUGGCCGACCUGAAAACAAGGAUACGAAACAGUGGCUUGGAAGUGUAUGAGGGGUAUCCAUGUCACUGGGGAGGGGUGGCAGAAGACAAGCCCCUUGUAUCAGGCCUAGAACUGUUUGGUGCUAGAGUCCUUAACAACCUCUGGAACUCAGUGAACAAACUCUACAUCAAGGAGGCAGAGGUGUUGGAUGAGAAUACACAUACAUCUAAACAGCACCAGGCCAUGUUGGAACGGCACCAAGACAACUUUGUGGGGCGUAAAACAAUGAUCAAAGAAGGCCUCAAACAGUUACAAUUUGUGCCCUCUGGAAUUAUGGGAUUGGUUGGCAAACCUGGAAGUGGGAAAUCAGCUGUCAUGGCAUCCCUAGUGCACGGUUACGUGGAGUCGGACAUGUGUGACAGUGCCCUGUCCGUACUGACCCAUGUAGUAGGAGCUGCUCCGGGUUCUACCAACAUCCUGGCUACCCUCCGCCGUCUCGCUCACGAAGUCAAACGAAGAUUUGGACUGGUCAAAGAGGUCCCUGAGGAUUUCAAGAACCUGAGUCAGGUGUUUGGUGAAAUGUUGGAGGAGGCUGGUACCAUGUGUGACUCACCCCUGCUGGUGUUUAUCGAUGGUAUAGACAUCAUGGAAAGUGCCUACCAACCUGACAACCUGGAGUGGCUGCCAUCGCCUGUACCUAAGAAUGUUACAUUCGUGCUGACUGUGCUGGAUGCUGGAAAGUGUCACAAGUCUCUACAACGUCACAAAGGUAAAGAGGUCAGCGUCGGUGGUUUGGACAUGUGGGACAAAGCUGACGUUGUCAGGACAACACUGGCCACCCACAGGAAGGCUCUUGAUGAGGCACCCUUUAACAACCAGCUGAAGCUGUUGCUGUCCAAGAAAGAAGCUUCUAUGCCUUUGUUCCUGAAACUAGCUUGUGAGGAACUCCGGGUGUUUGGGGUGUUUGAACAGGUGAGCAGCAAGCUGAAGUCCCUCCCACACACUGUACAACAGUUACUACAGGAAGUGCUCGCCCGCCUUGAGAACGACCUUGGCAAGGAAACUGUUGUCAUGGCAAUGUCUCUCCUCAUCUGUGCAAGGGAAGGUUUGGAUGCUGAGGAGCUACAUGAGUUACUGAGCCUAAAGUCACUGCUGGGGAGCACAAAGAUCAGUGUCCAGGGAGUGAUCAAUAUCCAUCUAUCUCAGGAGGACCUGAUACCUCCCCUCAUCUUCUCCCAGGUUAAACGGUCACUGCAGACUUUCCUGAACCCACAGGACCGCUGGAGCACCCGACUGAGUCUGGCCCAUGCUGACAUAGAGGUUGCAGUGAGACAGCGUUACCUCAGAGGGUCAGCAGCAGAACAAGAGUUUUCUCUACACAAACUUCUGGCUGGUUAUUUUUACCGGCAAGCUGACCCUGACAAAAGCCACAGUUUCCAUGGUAAAAGUACCCGAGCCUACUGUGAACUACCCUAUCACCUGUCGUGUGCCGGAGAGUUUACUGAGUUGCAGGCUGUGCUGUGUGACAUCAAAUUCAUCGACAGGAAAAUCCAGCUUGGCCUUGGACCCAGACUGAUGGAUGACUUCCAGGUCAAAGCAUUUGGAAACAAAGCCAUGGACAGAGACCAGAACAAGAUGGUGGUGUCGGAUAAUUUCCAGCAGUACAAGAUGUUUGUAUCUAGGAACAUGCACAUCCUGACCAGCUACCCCGGGUUGACAUGGCAACAGGCUAUCAACGAACCGUCCGACUCACUACCAGCCCAGCAGGCGGUUGAUUUGUCCAGAGAUGUUAAAGACAAACAGUACAUUGAGUGGAACAACAAGCCUGCGACCAAGGAUCCAUGUUACCUCACCAUGGACAAUCUCCCACACCCGGUGAUGUGUGUUGCCAUCAGCCAGGACUGCCAGGACUUCGUGUGUGGAGGCCUUGACGGCAUUGUACGACUGUAUAACAUGGGCACUGGCAAGGAGGUACGUACUUACCGUGGCCACUCUGACGCUGUCUCUGGUGUGUGCUUCAUCAGUAAGAUGCUGCUCUGUAGCGCAUCGUAUGAUACCACCCUCAGCAUCUGGCAUGUUGAGGAUGGACACAGAGUUCACCUGCUGAAGGGUCACACUCGGCGCGUGAAAGCGUGUGCGGCAGACCCUGCCGGGAAACUGGUGGCCUCUGCCUCCUGGGACUGUACAGUGAAAGUGUGGGAUACUUCCAAGGGAUCUAUAUCCUGCUAUCUCAAUGUGGGCAGCCCAGUGAACAGUGUAUCCUUCCACCCUGAAGGUCAGCUCCUUGCGACAGGAAGUUGGGAUGCCACCAUCAAGGUCUGGGAUGUGUUCCAUAAAAAGCGGAAGGCAAUACUGCGAGGCCACAGUACGUCAGUGAGAGACGUAGCGUACUCGCCUUCAGGACGCCACAUUGCCUCAGCUUCUCUCGACGGUGACGUGAAGAUCUGGGCAGCACAGAGUGGCAAUCAGGUUGGUAGUAUCCAGGGACACUCAGCCCCAAUCAACAAGCUCAUAUACUCGCCCACUGGGAAGGAACUCAUCACCGUUAGUGAUGACCACAAGGUCAAGGUGUGGUCAGGACACUUGGGUCUACCCACACUCAAGAUUGGUGAGGAGGGAGGAGAACCCAUUGUGGCCGUGAGAUUUGACCCUGAUUGUACUGUUGUUGCCCUUGGUUACCACUCGGGAACAGUAAAGGUGUUUGAUGUGCUCUCAGGAUUUGAGCUGUGGGGCAGUCGUCUUCACAAGUCCAGAGUAAGGGGAUUGUGUUAUAGCCCUGAUGGUGCCUACCUCCUCACUGGAGCAGACGACAAUACAAGCAAGGUGGUAAAUGCACAUGAUGGUAAACUGGUGAGCUCCAUGGCGACUCACACACAACCAGUGCUGUGUGUGUCAGCAGCUAAAAACUACAUCGCUACCGGCAGUGAGGACUGUCAAUGUUGUGUGUUUCCUGCUGUCUGGGGUAGAUCUGGCAAGAGCUCUAAGGAGUUGAAGUCGGUAGCUGGUCUGCUUGGACACACCGGAGCAGUGACUGCCUGUGUGUUCAGCCCCAAUGAGAAAAGACUGGCAACAGCAAGUCGAGACAUGUCGGUGAAGAUUUGGGAGCUGAGGAUGAGUAUCUUGGACUCCAGCUCUACCCCAAUACAAGUUUUACAUGACUGCCACAAAGACUGGGUGACCGGCUGUAGCUGGUUUGGAGAUUUUCUGGUGACAGCCUCCAAUGACUUCACUCUUAAAGUCUGGGAUGUUAAGACCGGGGAGGAGAAACAGAAGAUUACUGGUCACAUGUCCUCAAUAUCAUCGGUAGCCUACAAGUACGGCUGUAUUGUGUCCAGCUGUAAUGACGGAUCAGUCAAAGUGUGGUCACACAAGGGCGUCGAGAUCACCACUCUACACUCCCACCAGAGGGCAGCACACGCCUGUGACCUCUACGUCAGAGUGUCUGAAGUCGACAGAGUCAAUGUUCAAGAUGAAAUGAGUUGGAGUGCUGUAGUAGAGGCUGACGAAUUGGAAGCAAAGACCCAAAAAACUCACAAACCUGCAGUGAAUCUGGAGGAGGUUAUUGUAGCCACAUGUGGUGAUGACGGCACCGCUGUACUGUGGAAACCUCUACAGGCCAAUGAGAUGGCCAAUCUAACCGGUCACUCUGACCGAGUGGUCAGUGUAGCUGCCAACAAAGAUGGCCACCUGUGUACAACAUCCCUGGACAAAGCCAUCCGACUCUGGGAACCACAAUUGUCAACAGAGACAGCCACCGAUGUUCAUAAUGCACCUGUCACGUUUGUGGAGACAUCGCCAGACAAAUCACUCCUGCUGACUGGUAGUAGGGACGGAACGUUGAAGAUUUGGUAUAAACCUACUGAAGUCGGGCGACCAAUAUGUGCCAUGUCAUUACAGGCUCACAAGAAAUCUGUAAAUGCAGCCUGCUUCCUGGCACCCAAUGCUUUUGUGACUGGAGGAGACGAUGGCCAGAUCAUCAUUUGGAACAUCUACAAAAAGUCCCAAUCUGGUCACAGUGUGCCUGUGUGUCAUAAGAAGAAGGUGUUCAGUACCAUGUCCCCGGUCACUGCCUUAGCCACCUCCUCCGAGAUGACCUCCAAAUCUGGCCAUAUUUUCCUGUCUGGAGAAUGGUGUGGCAAGCUAACUGUCUGGAACACUGAGCAGCAGACUCCACUUUCCAAUAGCUUUGAAUUUGGAAAAUCGGAUUGGAUACUGGGGAUUAAGUUCAUGUUGGGGAAAGCCACGCCCACCUUCCAUGUGGCUACAGCGAACGGCUACAUCUGUAAAGGCACUAUAAACAAGCUUGGUCAGAAGUUGAGCUUUGAUGAAAGCAUCUAUAUCCCCCCGACCUCAAAGGUUCCCCCACACAGACAGGUACCGGUGAGGGUACUGGACCUGACGGCCUACUCCAGGGAUAGUUACGCUGUCACCUCCACUGGCCAGAUCACUACCAUCAACAGACAAAUGGAGAACCACACAGAAACAAAGAUUCACAGUGCUGCUGUCACCUGUGUCACAACUUCAGAUCAUUUUGUAUUUACUGGAGCACAUGACUGUACUGUCAAAGUCUGGCGAAGAGAGAACAAGCUCAAACAAGCUGGGUUGUUCUUCUGUCCUGCCCCUGUGGAGAGCCUGGCCAUUAUCAGCCAAUCAGCAUCCGUGACGGGGAAAUCAUUGGUGCGUGUGGUUUGUGGUGACCAGCUGGGCAACAUCCACUUUCUCACCUGGCACCAAUAGACUCGGGUAAUCAACUAACAGUCAAGACUUUGACAGCAACAUCUUAAAGUGACACACAGUGUUACUGGUCUACAGUUUGGUGUUUGACGUCAGCAGGUGAAAUAACAAUAAUAACUAAUUAACAGGUACCAAACUGAAUAAAAGUGUGAAAACAAAUAGGACUGGAAUAUAACCUAUUGAAAUGGCAUCAUUCAAGACAGGAGACAUGAUUGUAAACUAUUAACAGACAUCUGCUCAAAUUUGUUUGUGGUAACCAUGGGAACAUCAUACGUGAGGAACACAUGGAAAUACACCAGCAUAGAGGAUGUGCUAGCAACCAUGAUGAAUUUAAUGAUUAUUGAUUCAGUAUGGUUUCACAUAUACCAAAUGAAAUGAACCGGUUAAAAUAUUAUUUACAAAGUUUUAUUCUUGUUUUGUAUCAUGUAAAUACUAGAUGUUGUUAAAGUAAUUCUGUAAUGUUAACAUUCAUAUACUAUUUCUGUUGUACACUUACAUAACUGUCUAAACUUUUGUACAUAGUGUGUAACAUGACUACAAAAUGUAAAUCUGUACAUAUAACACAUCGUUAUAUAACUUGGUUUUUUAUGCUGUAUUUGAGCACUUGUAUGACUUUUUCAUUCUGAUAAGACACCUCAAGCCUACAUGCAGUUAAUUACUGUUAACGGCUUGCCGGCGUGUUUUCUGUCGCCUCGUUCCCUGGGAGCACUUUGUAUUGUAUUCAUUUGCUAGACCAAUACCUGUCAGGAUUAUCUAAGUCUAGCACAUUAGCUCAGGGUGAGGGCCUAUGUCUAGAAUAUUAGCUCAGGGAGGAUUUCUUGUGUAACUGUUAGCGCAAUGUACUUCAUCAACUGCAUCUCAACUGAUUAGAUCUUUUUAAAAUACUAAAUGUGCAAUGCACCUUGAUAUGCUAAUGUUAAAAGGUAAAGAAAACUCCAAAGUAUUUCAUAGUUAAGGGCAUUGAAUAAAAAUGUACAUCAAAAGAGAAUAUUUUAAACAGUACAAAUAAAAAAUAAAAAAUAUUUUUGAUGGAAGACCAAUCAAAACUCUGAGACAAUAACUACAUUUAUGAGUUGAAGUGAUACAUUCACAACUCAGAGAGAGAUUUGACGUUAAUACAAAUCAAGGUAAUCCUAAGAGUACAAACUGACUCAUGUGUCAAAUGACCUUAAAACAAAACUUGAAAUUGUCGGAUAACUUUUUUUCUUUAAUAAUUGAUUCAGUAAUAUAUCCAUUUAAGGAAAUUGUGGUUCUUUUAUGAAAUCCUAGAAUGUAAUAUAUAAUAGAUGAGUAAUGCAUAAUCCAACAUUAGAAUGACAUAUUCAGCAAUUUGAAUAGACAUUUGCACUUAUUUACUUUAGAAUUUGACAACAUCACUAUGCAUAUUUAGCAGACAGUAGACAGCCGUGUGAUGUUAGCCUACAGCUGUUAUAAAGCUGAUCCAUACAGGUAGGGGUGUAGCUUUUCCCCCAGAAUUUGUUGUCCCUUUAUUACGUAUGGCAACUCUUCACUUCUUUUGGAUGUCUUCUGCUCCAAUCAUGUGACAAGGUCAGAACAAUGGUCAUUUCUUUAUAAUUGUGAAAAAGAAAUUAUGUAGACAUCAGCAAAAAGGGAAGUAGUAUAGAAAGACUAGGGAUACUAAGGGGUCAAGGUGCAGACAUUUUGUUGGUAUGUUGUAGUAACACAUGAUUGUUGAUUAAAGAUAUUCUAUUUCUCUGAUACAAAUAUUAUCACCUUUCAUUUAUUCCUUACACAAUUGAUUUGCUAUAUCGGCUAUCUACAAAGAAAUGGAUAUUUUCUUGCCAUUUCUAGUGAAGUAAACUUUUACCCAAUCUAAAAAAAUGAAAUGUAUUACAAAACAAUAGGUUAAACAUUUAGUAUCAUCAUUAACACACAUUUACAAACAAGUCAUUUUUAUGGUAGACUGUUGCUUAAACUAUUUUUAGCCAUUAGAACAAGAUAAUGCAGAUUCUUAUUAUAAAAAAUAGAAUGUCAUUUGCACAUCUGAAUAACUGUACCUCAUACACUAUUUUAAUAUUGUUGUAUGUGAUAACUGUACCUCAUUAUUCCUACAAAAAUACCUGUGAUAGUAUCCUUUAUCAAUGAUAUUUAGUAUUUACUAUAGUAUGUAUAUAUAUGUAACGGAAAAUUGACCGCCCAAAUGUCCAUAAAAUUAGGUGUAUCUGCUGUGCUAUUACUUUUACAAUCAAAUGUUAUUUAUAGUGACUAUAACGCGUAUGUAAAUAGCUGUGUUCCCAUCCCAAAAUAAACCUGUUUUUGUUUGUUGUGUGCCGCAAGUGUGAAAUAUGACACAAGGUGGCAGUUUUAUCUCUUUCUCUCACUGACGCUGUAUUAAUAAUGUACAUUAAAAUUCCUUUUAGUCUGACAGUAUAGUUAAUACCUUUGUUGAAUGACAUAUAUAAUUCUUUUUAAUUAAAAUUUUCCUUUGAAUUUUGAUCUGUUACCUAUUCCUAGAGUAUCAUCUGUUAAAGCCUGACAGAUUGAUGUCUUAUCUGAUUUUGAUUUGACUGUUGACUACAUCUACUCUUCAUUCUUAUAACAAUACUACACGCGCUGUGCAACCUUCCUUCUUAUAACAAUACUACACGCUGUGCAACCUUCAUUCUUAUAACAAUAUUACACGCUGUGCAUCCUUCAUUCUUAUAACAAUACUACACGCUGUGUAUUUUGAACACCAAAAAUGUUCAUUGACCAUCAUUGUUCUUAAAUAAUUUUAUUUGAAUACAUACUCUAGAAACAGAUUGUUUUGUUGGAGUUAAACUUUGCUGGUUAUAUAUUGGAACUACCUGCUAGUAUAAGCAUAUCAGAAAUGAAUUUGGUGGAAACAACUUUAUUUUAAAUUCUAGUUAGGUUUAAAAACCUAGAAAUAAAUCUCUUGUAAAACAUUUUGACUUUAAAUAAUAUGUCAUUUUCAAAUUACACUCAUAAUAUUUGUUUAUCAUUUUAUGAACAUGAAUCUUCAGGUAGAGAAUUAUAGAGUCAGUUUAUAACCCCUAAAAUAUAAAUAUGACACUCUGUUUACUGAAGUUUCUGUGACGAUAUUGGCUGUCAUAGCUGGACGUUUUUGUGUGUGACGUCACUAGCCGGCUCAGCAACAUCUAUGAUGUACAUGUGUGUUAGAUUUUGUCCUCUUCCUGCGUCAGACAUAAAUCAAACCAUUAUUUACAUACAACUGUUACUGUACAUAAUUACAGGUGGCCUUGUGAUCUUUUUAGAAACAUUCUAUGACCCCUAUGACAGUCAGGCUACAAUAAAUCAUGUCAUAGUUUGUUUAGUAAUAAACUUGAACACUUUAUCCAGUUUCUGUUCUGCAUUAAACCGAAGAAUGUUUUCUUAUAUUAUAUUUAUAAAUUUGAUUUUGUAAAUAUUGACAAAUGUUUACACUUUACUAAUUACACAUUAGAUGUAGUUGGAAUAAUAACGUGGUAAAUAAUUCCUCUGAAUCCUUCUUAACUCAUUUACCCCUGAAGUUUCUAAAUGAACUAUUCCAACCAUUGAGUUGGAAGAGUUCAAAAGUGUCUUCAGGGGUUGAUGAGUUAAAGUUGAGUGCCAUCAGUCAUGGUUAUCAUCACUGAUUACUUCUAUUAUUGUAUCUAGUUACCUAUUUUAUAUUGCACAAGUUUUCUAUACCUACAUUUUGUAUUGUAAAGAUUUUCGGUUUAAGUUCUCAUUUAUUCCAUUUCAUUUUCUAAUUUACACUUUUUUUCAAACAGCAUGACAUUGUUAAAUUCGCCUUAAAAGGAUCUUGCCUUUCUAUUGUUGACAAAAGCCUUUUAUUUCAACCACCCUUUAUAAUAUUAAAGGUUCUCUGUCAAUACUUGUAUGCAGUGAUGAUUUUGUUUGUUCUUUUUUCAUAAAGUGUAUGAAAGUUAAUAAUCACUUCAUUGUAAUGUGAACAAUCGUAGUAGUUAAUGUCCUGUUGAGGUAUUAAUUUGAUAUACAAAGGUGGCAGGAUCAUCGCGGUCACAGGGUCAUUGUAACACACCUUUGUUACAUAUUCUCUUGUUGAAUAUUCACAACAUUAAUUACGGUAUUGGUGUUCCUUAACUAACUGCAAUUACAGCUCUAAAGCAUAUAUGUAAAUGUUACUUUCUUGUGUUGUUGUUUUAAACUGAUAAAGUGCUGUGUUACUAGCUUUAUAUUUGAAUUUUGUUUAUUUAUAUUUGUAAAUAGUGUAUAUAAAUAUAUUAAGGUUAAUUGGGACUAUGUUUUAGUGUAGUGAGGUGUAAGUUAUUUAUGUAUUAUAUGUUAAUCUUCAUAUUUAAGGAAUUAUUGUGUGUCGCUGUAUAGAGUAGGUCAAGAUUUACAUUGACGUAUAUCUUGAGAUUAUUUAUGAUGAAUACGUACGAUAUGUAUAUGAACUGUGAUGCGACUAUAUAUCUAUUGCCGUUGGUGUAACAGGUUAUAGUUAUCUGUAUAUAUUGUGUUAAGUAUAUAAUAUAUUAUUUUUUGUAUAAAUUGCACUACAUGAUGUUGUAAUGUGAUAUUUUAUUCAAAAUUGCAGAUUGUUGUUUUUGGAAAGUGCAUGUACAAAUUUGGAAUAUUUUGUGUAUAUUAAGUAAUGAUUGUUAUUUCAAUUCCAAUUGUACUGUUUUGUUUUCAGUUUUUUCUAUAUUUAUGAUUUGAAUUUUACCUUUAACCCUUUCACCCCUAUGUAACUUUAGUAGACUCUACCAUGCAUUGAUAUGGAUGAGUCCAUUGUGGUCUACAGUGGUGAAAGGAGUAAUAUGUGAUAAUGCUGAUGUAGCAUGAGGCUGUUGUUGAAUAUUAUAGAUAAUAUUAUAGAUAAGCAUAAUGUAGGAGCUGUAAAAAAUACUCAAGACAUUUACAAUCCAAAUUUAAACAUUCUGCUCCAAAUUUAAACAUUCUGCUCCUUGUUAUUUGUAUGGGCUGUACACGGUUAAUUGUUCCUACAAUGAUGUCAUUUCAUUCUGAAAAAAGGUUGAUAAUCCUGUUUUCUUCGUGUCAGUGUUUUUAAAUUCUUGAUGUCAUGGUUCGGGACAAACUUUAUCUUAAUUGACUUAUUAUCAUUCAAGUUAUGUGAACAUCAGAACAAACAAACUAAAAAUAUCCUGAUGUUGAUUAACUGGUUAUUUUGUAAGUUGUAUAAAAUCAGGAAACAGCAUUUAUUUUUGACAUUCUGUCCAGUGUUAAUGGAAUUAUUAGAGUGUUUUUAGGUUUAAAAUAUCUCAAAUAGGUUUAAAAUAGGUUUUAAAUUGGGAAAAACAAAGAAAUCUAUGCUGUGCAUUUUUUUACAUCAUUAAUAAAAUGAAUGGAUUUAUAUAUGUUGAAAGACCCUUGCCUACAGAUUUUCCUUCAGAUUUAUGGUAAAUUUUAUUGCUAAUUGGUACAAAUAUAAACUGAUAAAAAGUUUGAACAGUCUAAACAAGAUCUGCCUUAAUUAAAUAUCCUUAAAAAAAUAAAAAUAAGAUUGAAAUCUACCUUAUAAUUAAUUUUGAAAGUUUUAAAAAUUCUAGGCUCUAUACAGUAUUAUUCAAUUACAUCUGAAAUUAAUUACUGAUUAGCUGAAAAUCUGUGGGAACAAUCAGGAAUGUGAGGGUAUUGUUCUGUGAGACAUAUAAGGUAUGUAUGAAAGUUACUUUAUGAAUGUGAUUGGGUAAUAUAUUUAUAUGCAGGAAAGGAUGAUGGGAAACAAGUGAAGAGGAGUGUACUGUGUGAUGGAUAGAAGUUCUAUAAAUGCUGGAGUACAAGAGAUGUUUGAGUAAUUUAAAUGUUUGAGUACAAGGGAUGUGUGAGUAACUUAAUUGUUUGAGUAGGAGGGAUGUUUGUAUGAUGAAUAAGUGCUAUAAGUGCUGGAGUACAAGGAUAGAUGCUGGAGUACCAGGGAUGUGUGUGAUAGAUAUAUGCACUACGUGUGUUUGAAUGUCUGUGAUAAGGUUGAAUGGUGUUCUUAUUGAACAUGUUAACCCAGCAAUCCUUCAACAAGAAGGCGAAGUGGAUAACAUAGUAUGUCUGUGAUUACAUUGUACUUUAUUAGAACAAAUUCAUUUGUUGAAAUAAAGAUUUAUAUGUCAAAACCC